CUCUCCCUCACUCGCUCUUUCACUCAGUGUGCGACAGCAUGCAGAGCUGGGGCCAGUCCGACAGGCAGGAGGAGAGAGGGGAAGUGUUCCCCUGGGAUGCUGCCCUUCUGUAGACCCUGGACUCAGAGAUGAUCCUUCAGUGGCAGAUGCCAGAGGAAUGAGAGAGCAACAAAUGGCUUCCACCCAAAGUGGCCUACGUAUCCAGGGCGACGACAACCUCCAGUCCAUGUUUGUGGGCGCAGUGAUGAGGAAGAUCAAGUCCCGCACCUGGAAGAAGCAGCGCUACUUCAGGCUACAGGAGGACUGCAUGACCAUCUGGUACAAGUCCAAGAAGGCGGGCAAUGCCCACUCCACCUUCUCGGUGAGUGAUGUGGAGGCCGUGAGGGAGGGGCACCAGUCUGAGGUGCUUCUGAGCAUCUCCGACGAGUUCCCUCCCAACCGCUGCUUCACCCUGGUGUUCCGCGGCCGCCGUGGCAACCUGGACCUGGUGGCCGAUUCGGCCGAGGAGGCGCAGUCAUGGAUCAAGGGCAUGCGCAAACUCAUCGAGAACGUGGAGAACAUGGGACAGCGGGAGAAACUUGACCAAUGGAUCUGUGAUUGGUUUAAGAAAGCGGACAAGAACAAAGACGGACGCAUGAACUUUAAGGAGGUGCAGGACCUGUUGAAGAUGAUGAAUGUGGACAUGAACGAGCAUCAUGCUCUUCGGCUCUUCACGAUGGCCGAUAAGUCCCAGACAGGGUCGUUGGAGGGCGAUGAGUUCGUGCUCUUCUACAAGAUGCUGACACAGAGGGAAGAUGUGGUGCGCAUUUUCCAGGAUUACUCGGGCGACGGCCAGAAGCUCACCCUGCGCGACCUGGAGGACUUCCUGCGGGAGGAGCAGCUGGAGACCGAGGCCGUGCAGCAGCGAGCCCUGGAGCUCAUUGAACGCUACGAACCCUCCGACACCGCUAAGAUGCUCCAGGCCAUGUCUAUCGACGGCUUCCUGAUGUACCUGGGCUCCGCCGAGGGCUCCAUCUCCGACCCCAAGCACCAGGGCGUCUACCAGGACAUGACCCUGCCCCUGUGCCACUACUUCAUCUCCUCGUCCCACAACACCUACCUGCUUGAGGACCAGCUCAGAGGCCACAGCAGCGUGGAGGGCUACAUCCGGGCUCUAAAGCGGGGAUGCCGUUGUGUGGAGGUGGACUGCUGGGAUGGACCUAAUGGGGAGCCCAUCGUUUACCACGGGCACACUUUCACCUCCAAGAUCCUCUUCAAGGACGUGGUCAUCGCCCUGGGUAGCUACGCCUUCAAGGUGUCAGAGUACCCCGUCAUAUUGUCCAUUGAGAACCACUGCAGUGUGGAACAACAGAGAGUCAUGGCCCAACACCUCAACCAGAUCCUGGGUGACAUGCUCCUCAAGAGCACGGUGGACGGCAACACAACCAACAGCUUCCCGUCUCCUGAGGACCUGAAGGGCAGGAUCCUGCUGAAGGGGAAGAAGAUUGGCGGUCUGGAGGGGAGCAUGAGUGGUGUGGCGGAGGACUCGCUGACCGGGGAGGUGAGUGACGAAGAUGAGGGUGCAGACAUUGACGAGGACAACCAUCACAACGACAGCAUCCGUCGUCGCACAAAAAAGUCAAAGCAGCACCUGUCCAAGGAGCUGUCUGACUUUGUAGUGUACUGCAAGAGCGUGCAUUUCAACAGCUUCAAGCACUCCCGAAACCACGCCAAAUUCUAUGAGAUCUCCUCCUUCACAGAGUCCAAGGCCCGGAAGUACAUGAGGGAGGCAGGAGCUGAAUUUGUGAAUCACAACGCAAGACAGCUCUCCAGAAUCUACCCAAGUGGGAUGCGAACAGACUCCUCAAACUUUAACCCACAGGACAUGUGGGGUGUAGGUUGCCAAAUUGUUGCCCUGAACUUCCAGACAGCUGGGGUCGAGAUGGACCUAAACGAUGGACUUUUCAGUCAAAAUGGCCGCUGUGGCUACAUCCUGAAACCGGAGUUCAUGAGGAGCGCGGAGAGAGGGUUCGAUCCAGAUCACCCCCAGAACUACGAUGGAUACCAGCCCCUCAAGCUUUCCAUACAGGUGAUAAGUGGUCAGCAGCUUCCGAAGGUUAAUAUUAAAGAGGGGUCCAUUGUAGACCCUUUGGUAAGGGUGGAGAUCUAUGGAGUUCCCCUGGACCAUGCCAAGCAAGAGACCAGAUACAUUGACAACAACGGGUUUAAUCCAGUGUGGUACGACACUCUUAGCUUCACCAUCCACACCCCUGAGCUAGCUCUGGUGCGCUUCGUGGUGGAGGACUACGACAAGACAUCCAAGAAUGAUUUUGUAGGGCAGUACACCUUGCCCUUCUUGUGCAUUCAACAAGGGUACCGGCACAUUCAGCUGCUGUCCAAAGACGGGACUAGCAUUCCUCCCUCUUCGCUGUUUGUGAAUAUCAGAAUCACCAAGAUCACGUGAUGCUGCUGCAACAUCGGCUCAACACCAACUCACGAAUCCAAUCUGACACACGAAGACUUACAAGCAGUCAUCGUCUACUUGGAUCAUGUCUUUCUUUAAGCAAUAAAUGGCAGGAAGACAGACAGACAGACAUAUAAACACAGACAGACAGACAGACAGACAGACAGACAGACAUAUAAACACAG